UUUCGCCUCCCAAAAAGAAAAAAAAGUGUUCAUAAUUUCGUGUUUUUUUUUCCGCCCUUUCCGUUUGGGAUCGUUGAGAAAACUAACAAGCGCGACAGAAACCGUUUGUUUCUGUAUUCCUUUCUGUAUGUUUCCCGAGAAAAACAAAUCCCGCCGAAUGCGUCGGUCCCGCGAGAUAGAAAGAGAAAAACUUUCCUCCGAGAUUUGCUGAGGAUAAACCAAAACCCUCUUCAUCAUCCUUCUUCAUCAUCUGUAUCCAAAAUUGGGUUUUUGAGGAAUCGUAUUUUUAGAUAUAGUGGUUGGAAAUAGAAAAUUAUAAACCCAAAAAGAAAGGAACAAAAAAAAAGAAACCAGAGGUGGUCGAGAUCAUCUUCCAAUUUUUUGGAGAGCUCGCUUCCGAAGCUCCCAUGGAGUUUCUUCUUCGGGCUCGCAGCUGACGUCAUCCUUCAUCAGAAGAGAUUACUUUGAAUUCUGUCCUGGGAUUCUCAUAACUAUUGCAUGUAAGUUUUAGCAAUGGAUGACAACAUUAGAGCCAAGUUGACCGGAAUAAGACAGAUUGUGAGGCUUAAGGAAAUCCUCCAAAAGUGGCAAUCCGUCACACUAUCUCCUACAAAGCCUGAAAAUGAACCCGACGCCGAGGGAGAUCCUGGGGGGAUUCCUCCGGCGAUCAACAAGAGGCUAACGGAGGUGAUUUGCUGCGACUCCGACGAGGACAGCUGCCAGAGCCCCGAGCCGCCUCCUGAUGUCCCCAAGGGUUAUUUGGCUGUCUAUGUUGGGCCUGAGCUUCGAAGGUUCAUAAUUCCCACCAGCUAUCUUAGCCACUCUUUGUUCAAGGUGUUGUUGGAGAAGGCCGAGGAGGAGUUUGGAUUCGAUCAUGGCGGCGGGCUCACCAUCCCUUGUGAGAUCGAGACCUUCAAGUACCUCCUCAAGUGCAUGGAAAAUCAUCAUCACAAGGCUUGUCCUGAUGAUAGUUUAGCAGGAAGUUCAUUCAUUGAAGAGUAAAUAAUUGAAACAUGGAGGAGAGAACUCUAGUUAGAAAGUUUGCGGUGUGGGAAGAAAUUUGGUGGCUAGAGUAGAGUGGUGACGUGCAUUUUGAUCUCUAUUGUGUUCUUUUUUUUUUUUUUUUUUUUUUUUUUUUU